GCAUUGCCAUCCAACCGCCUCCCAAGGAGCACCUCUGCAACCUCGCGCCUCCCAUCCCAAUCGCGCCUUCUUUCAUUUUCCUUGUCUUGGUACGGAUACGCAUUCUUUUAAUUGGAGCCUGCAACCACAGCCAUGUCGUCCUUCUCGCGCGCUUUCAUGCGCACCUCGCGGUGUGCUCUGCGAUACCAGAGGGGCGUAAACCCCGUUCAGCAAGCAUGGAGCGGAAACCAGGUCAGGAACUAUGCUGCGGCCUUCUCCCGUGACAAGCCGCACGUCAACAUCGGUACUAUUGGUCACGUCGAUCACGGCAAGACCACCCUCACAGCUGCCAUCACCAAGCGCCAGGCUGAGAAGGGCUACGCAAAGUUCCUCGAAUACGGCUCCAUCGACAAGGCCCCUGAAGAGCGAAAGCGCGGUAUCACCAUCUCCACGGCACACAUCGAGUACUCGACCGACAACAGGCAUUAUGCCCACGUCGACUGCCCCGGUCACGCCGAUUACAUCAAGAACAUGAUCACGGGUGCGGCCAACAUGGACGGCGCCAUCAUCGUCGUUGCCGCCUCCGACGGACAGAUGCCCCAGACCCGUGAGCACUUGCUGCUCGCCCGCCAGGUCGGUGUCCAGAAGAUCGUCGUCUUCGUGAACAAGGUGGAUGCUAUCGAGGACAAGGAGAUGUUGGAACUCGUCGAAAUGGAGAUGCGCGAGCUGCUCACCUCGUACGGCUUCGAGGGCGACGAGACGCCCAUCGUCAUGGGCUCGGCGCUAUGCGCUCUUGAGGGCCGCGAGCCCGAGAUCGGCGAGAAGAAGAUCGACGAGCUCCUCGAGCAGGUCGACACCUGGAUCCCCACACCCCAGCGUGAGACUGAGAAGCCGUUCCUCAUGGCCGUCGAAGACGUUUUCUCCAUUGCCGGUCGCGGAACCGUCUGCUCUGGCCGUGUCGAGCGCGGUAUCCUGAAGAAGGACUCCGAAGUCGAGCUCGUCGGCAAGGGUGUCGCCCCCAUCAAGACCAAGGUCACCGACAUCGAGACCUUCAAGAAGUCCUGCGACGAGUCGCGCGCCGGUGACAACUCUGGUCUCCUCCUCCGUGGUGUCAAGCGCGAGGACGUCCGCCGCGGCAUGGUCGUCGCCAUCCCCGGAACCGUCAAGGCGCACAAGAAGUUCCUCGUCUCCAUGUACGUGCUGAGCAAGGAGGAAGGUGGCCGUCACACCGGCUUCGGCGAGAACUACAGGCCCCAGAUGUUCAUCCGAACGGCCGACGAGAGCUGUGCGCUCACCUGGCCCGAGGGCGUCGAGAAGGACAAGCAAAUCAUGCCCGGCGACAACGUCGAGAUGGUCUGCGAGCUGCACCAACCGCACGUGCUUGAGGCUGGCCAGCGCUUCAACAUGCGCGAGGGUGGCCGCACCGUCGCCACCGGUCUUGUCACCCGUGUCCUGGAGUGAUUAUAAUACCAAGGGAAGGGGCACUGUAAGAUGUUUGAGAUUACUUGUACACCAUUUCCGGCGCUUUUGUUCAUGGCUCAUGUACUACCCCUACUCUCCUCUUCUGCCCAUGUCUUUUCUCACAUGUAACAUCACAUUGUCGCGAACGGGUCGGUAGGAAAAUAGACUAUGGAUCGGCGUCGAGCGUACGCUUUGCAUGUAGGAAGAGUAGGAUGAGAGAUUCGAGAAACAUAAUGACUAUUUUUGCUGU